AUGGGGGGUUGUGAGAGGAAUGGAACUGUGAGACAAUACAUAAGAUCAAAAGUUCCAAGGCUUAGAUGGACUCCUGAACUCCAUAGACGUUUUGUUCAUGCUAUUCAUACUCUUGGUGGUCCUCGUGAAGCAACACCAAAACUUAUUCUUCAAAAAAUGGAUGUAAAAGGACUUGCUAUUUCUCAUGUCAAAAGUCAUCUUCAGAUGUAUAGAGGCAUCAAGGGUGGUGAUGAUAAUGUUUCUCUCCAAGAUGAUGUUGUAGAUGAUGAUGAUGUUGUUGGUCAAGUUGUUGGAUUCAUAAAGAAGUCUGUUGAGGAUCAAAAUGAUGGGUGCAUUGAUCAUGAGGAUUUACAUACAUCCACUCCAAUUCAAAAUCCCUUUACUGUACCUUAUAAAAGAGGUAGAACUGAGACAACAGGGAUGCUUGGAUAUUGGGAAAGAAGAAUAAAGGGUAAGGAGGACCUUGGUGAUCACAAAUGGCAGCAGCCUCAUUCCUUUUCUAUUCCACAUUUUCACUUCAAUCCUCUCUUUACCAAUCAAAGAGAAUCUGACAACUUAAAGAUUUCCACACCAGAACGUGGGUCAUUAACCGGGAUAAAACUUGAGAAAUUGGGACAUAUUAAGGAAGAAGUGGACGAGGCAAGUGGGUGUGGAUUAGCGUUAUCACUUUCGUUACACCAUCCUCUGGUCCAGAUGAGCAAUGGUUGUUCCUCGACCAGCGAAAUCAGUGAGGAGGCACACUCAAGGCUUAAUCUAAGUGAUCACUCUUCGGACAAAUGUAGUGUAAAUCUAGAUUUAUCUAUUGCUCUAUGCCACUAAUUAAUGUUUACAAGUAGUUUAUUUACCAGAAAUUUUCUUUCCACUAAUUAGUUUUUGUAGAUUGAAAGGUAUCUGUAUAGAUGGUUCUGGGCAGCCAUCAUAUAUGUAUCUUCUAUAAUAUAAAUGGGUCUUUUGGGUUGUA